UUUGUCCCUUCUUCUAAGUACGCGAAGCCCUUUGACGUUCGAAAAGACGCGCCCUGGUCGCGGUGAACCUGGAACCGGUUUCUAUAGCGUUUCCAGUCACGUUCUUUGCACCGCUUCCAAAGGGAAAGAGGGGAGGAGCACGGCGAACACAGGGACGAGCAAGUCGAUUUAACCGCGCGUGCUACCAGUCCGUUCAGUUGUUAUGGUUACUGCCCGCAAACACAGGUUCUCCCGGCUGCUAAGCUUCGCGUCGGGACUCGGGGCUAACCAUGGACUGGGCCACGGACUUGGAGAUCACGUCAAAAAAACUCUUACCUCGUCUCGGUAGGAGAUCGACGCAGAAUAUCGUGCAGGAGCCGAAGCUGGACGAUGAUGUUUUGGAGAGUCCUGUAUCGACGUCCUCUGGGAAAUCGCAACCACCUGUAGCUCCGCCGCGUACCAGGAAAACCGGAUGGGGCGACGAGUUAAAAAGCGGGAAGACGCGCAACACUUCCAAUAUCAUCGAACAAUUGUUCUUUAGGGAACGCUCGCGCGGCACUGAGAAGGACGACGUGAUCGAUGAUAUCCCUGUUAUACCGGAUCUGGAUGAAAUUCAGGAAGACAGUGCUUUGUCCGAUAUAAAUACACCGUCGGUAAGCGUGAACAGAGUCACGGCGUAUAAAGAGCUCGACACGGAUUUGGUGAAGAACGCUGCGUUUACAUCUCUGAACGGUGUUAAUCUAUCGCUUUUAGCGGAGAAAUUGUACAACGAGAACUUGACGAAAGAACCGGACGAAGUAUGGAACUGGAAUCUUCUUUUCACUCAAGUCUCAUCUGAAGUGAACAGCGAGGCACAAAAGUGCGUUACCUGAAUUUGCCGCUUGUAUUUGAAAAAUAAAGAAUCCUCGAGUCGAA